GGGCGGGGGCCAGCCUCCCCCAGCGGGCGGUUCACCCGCCGCCACGGGUUCUCCAAUGGGAGACGGGGGCGCUGUUAAAGGGCCGGUGAGCCGACCGAAGGGGAGUGCUGGGCGCCGACUAACACGGCUGCUACUCUGAAACCUGUCAGAAGACAGAAUACUGGGCUAGAUGAACCAUUGGUCUGAGCCAGUAUAGUCAUACUUAGGAUCUUAACAAGCCUGGCAAAUAGAAAGAUGACCAAGUAAUGAGAAAACUCACUACCUGAAGAAUUGAAUGCCACUUUGUGAUUGUUUUUUAAAUCAUAUUUGCAUAAAUAAACUGAAUACACUCAUAUUAUCUCUUUAGUCGGCUGCAGUAACAAUUAUUAGAUUUAAAUAUGGAAAAAAUGAAACAAUUAAAAAGAAAAAGAAAAAGCAAUUUUAGCGUUCAAGAAACUCAAACACUCCUUAAAGAAAUUAGAAAAAGAAAAGAGGUACUUUUUUCCAAGCAGCUUAAUACAACAAUUAAUGAGAUGAAACGAAAGGCUUGGGAGGAAAUAGCAGAGUGUGUGAAUGCUGUAGGUGAAGGAGAGCAAAGAACAGGGACAGAAGUGAAAAGGCGAUACCUUGAUUGGAGAGCUCUCAUGAAGAGAAAGCGUCUGAAUGCAAACAUCAAACUGGUAGGCACUGGGUUUCACCUUCCGUCAUCCGAUUUAGAUGACUCUGUUAAUGAAGAGAUGGAUGAGAAAAUGGGAUUUACAAAUGAAAACAGUUUUGAAUGGCUAAAUAUCACAGACUUCAGAGAAGCCAGCGGAUCUUUAACAGAAAUCAAGGUGGAAGAGGAGGAGGAGGAUCCACAGAAUUUUGAAUUUCCUAUUGAGGAAGAAGAGGAAAUUUUGUCAUCAGUUUUGCCAGAUUCCAAAAAGGAAAGUGACCUACCUGAUUUCACCCACAUUGAAGAGUUUGGAAAUCUGAGCUCUGCUCAAGCCCGGCUAGCCUACGAGGACUCUCAUUUGCUCAUAAACCUGGAGAAACAAAAACUAGAGCUGGAGAAACAGCGUCUGGAUAUUGAAGCUGAAAGACUACAAGUGGAGAAAGAGCGCCUGCAGAUCGAAAAGGAGCGAUUACGGCAUGUAGGCCUGGAGCAUGAGAGACUUCAACUGGAGAAGGAGCGGAUCCAGAUUGAGCGGGAGAAACUGAGGCUCGAGGCCCUGCGUGCUGAAAAACCUGCCCUGGAAAAUGACAUCACCCAGGUGGAAAAACCCAUCUUACAGCCUCUGGAUCUAGAAACUGAAAAAUUAAAACUCGAAAAGGAACGUUUGCAGUUAGAGAAAGAGAGGCUGCAGUUUUUAAAAUAUGAAUCUGAGAAGCUGCAGAUUGAGAAGGAACGUUUACAAGUGGAGAAAGAACGCCUUCGAAUUCAGCGAGAGGGUCACUUGCAGUGAACUUCUUGGCUAAGGUGUCAUUAAUAGUGUUUUGAUGUUCAAAUAUAAGUAGUUUUUUCUUAAUACAGAAACUGUCCUAGAGGUUUAACUUUCUUCUGUCCAAAAUUUAAUGUUGAUGUUAAACUAAAAAAAUAAAAAAUGAAAAGG